AUGGGAGGCAACCAGACACGGAUCAGAGAAGUCACCCUCCUGGGAUUCCAGGUCGAUUCGGCACUGGAGUUUUUCCUCUUUGGUCUUUUCUCUCUCUUCUACACCCUCACCCUUCUGGGGAAUGCAGUCAUCCUGGGGCUUAUCUGCUUAGACUCAAGACUGCACACCCCCAUGUACUUCUUCCUCUCACACUUGGCCAUCAUCGACAUGUCCUAUGCCUCCAACAGUGUCCCCAAGAUGCUGGCAAAUCUUGUGAGUCAGAAAAGAACCAUCUCCUUUGUUCCCUGCAUUAUGCAGACAUUCCUAUAUCUAGCUUUUGCUCACACAGAGUGCUUGAUUUUGGUGGUGAUGUCCUAUGACAGGUAUGUGGCCAUCUGCCACCCCCUCCGUUACGUUACCACCAUGAGCUGGAGAGUGUGCACUGUCCUGGCCAGCGCUUCCUGGGUGUUAAGCUUCCUCCUGGCCCUGGUCCACUUAGUUCUCUUUCUGAGGCUGCCCUUCUGUGGGCCUCAUGAAAUCAACCACUUCUUCUGUGAAAUCCUGUCUGUCCUCAAGCUGGCCUGUGCUGACACCUGGCUCAACCAAGUUGUCAUCUUUUUGGCCUGUGUUUUUAUCUUACUGGGGCCCCUCUGCCUGGUGCUGGGCUCCUAUGCGCGCAUCCUGGCCUCCAUCCUGAGGAUCCAGUCCACUGAGGGCCACAGGAAGGCCUUCUCCACCUGCUCCUCCCACCUCUGCGUGGUCGGGCUCUUCUUUGGCACUGCCAUCGUCUUGUACAUGGCCCCCAAGUCCCGCCACCCUGAGGAGCAGCAGAAGAUCCUUUCCCUGUUUUACAGUCUUUUCAACCCCAUGCUGAACCCGCUCAUCUACAGCCUGAGGAACAAAGAGGUCAAGGGUGCCUUUAGGAGAGUGCUGUGGAAGGACAGGCUAAUGUGA